CGGAGAAGAGACGUCAAGAGGAGGAUCUAGAGAGGGAGGGAGAAAAAAUAAAUCCUUCUCUCCCUUCUGCCGCCUCUCUUCGUGCAUCCGACGGGCAGCGCGGAGCGAGGAGGAUCCGGCCGGCACAUUUUCUACGCUGCUUUUCCCUGCGAUUUCUGCGGCUGCAUCACAGUGGGUGGAGCGCAGGGAAGAGCCGCCGAGAGCUCGAUCGGUGACACCGCUCCGCAGCAGAGGAGGAGCGCCGUAGAGGAGCCGGGAUGCUUAACAACCUGACCGACACAGAGGAGGGAGACGGGGGAGCGCAGAGCCAGGGGGACAGUAUUCCCAAGGAGAGCAGCCCCUUCAUCAACAGCAGCGAUGCGGCAGCAGAGAAGAGCCAGCAGUAUGACGGCAAGAACAUGGCUCUGUUUGAGGAGGAGAUGGACACCAGCCCCAUGGUGUCGUCUCUUCUCAGCAGCCUGGCCAACUACUCCAACCUGCCCCAAGGAAGCAAGGAGCACGAGGAGGCCGAGAACAACGAGGCCGAGUCAUCGCGCAAGAAACCCGUCAAGGCCCCCCAGCUCGGCACCCUGAUGGGCGUGUACAUGCCGUGCAUCCAGAACAUCUUCGGGGUGAUCCUGUUCCUCAGGAUGACCUGGUUGGUGGGAAUCGGAGGUGUCGUCGGGACCUUCGUCAUCGUCACCAUGUGCUGCACCACGAACAUGCUGACUGCCAUCUCGAUGAGUGCCAUCGCUACCAAUGGAGUGGUGCCAGCCGGAGGCUCCUACUACAUGAUAUCCCGUUCGCUGGGCCCUGAGUUUGGGGGAGCGGUGGGGAUCUGUUUCUAUCUGGGGACUACCUUCGCUGGGGCCAUGUACAUCCUGGGGGCCAUCGAGCUGCUCCUGAUCUACAUAGCGCCCCAGGUGGCCAUCUUUCCCCUGGAGGGCCUGGAGGGCCCCGAGGCAGAGGCCGCCCUGCUGAACAACAUGCGCGUGUACGGGACCAUCCUGUUGACCUCCAUGGCCACGGUGGUGUUUGUCGGCGUGAAGUACGUCAACAAGCUGGCGCUGGUGUUUCUGGCCUGCGUCAUUCUCUCCAUCCUGGCCGUCUACGCCGGCGUCAUCAAGACCGGCAUCGACGCUCCAGAUUUCCCUGUGUGUCUGCUGGGCAACCGCACUUUGAUUUGGAAGACCUUCGAUGUGUGUUCCAAGACCGUAGAGACCGCUAACGGGACAGUCACCACCCAGCUGUGGCGCAUGUUCUGUGACUCACCGUUCCUCAACGCCACCUGCGACAAGUACUUCACGUCCAACAACGUGACCCAGAUACAGGGCAUCCCGGGGGUCGCCAGUGGAAUCCUGUCAGAGAACCUGUUUGGGACCUACUACGAGAAAGGGGAUCUGAUUGCCAGGACCAACAUGGACUCCGUGGAGGACCAGGACGACCCUUUGACCAACGCAAACCGCUACGUGUUGGCCGACAUUGCCAGCUUCUUCACGUUGCUGGUUGGAAUCUACUUCCCUUCUGUGACAGGGAUCAUGGCCGGCUCCAACCGCUCUGGAGACCUGCGUGAUGCCCAGAAGUCCAUCCCAGUUGGAACCAUUGCAGCCAUCACCACCACCUCCUUCGUCUACAUGUCCAGCGUGAUUCUGUUCGGUGCCUGCAUCGACGGUGUGGUCCUCAGGGACAAGUUCGGAGAGGGAGUCCACGGGAAUUUGGUGAUCGGCACGUUGGCUUGGCCGUCCCCAUGGGUGAUCGUGAUUGGCUCCUUCUUCUCCACCUGCGGCGCGGGGCUGCAGAGUUUGACUGGAGCUCCCCGUCUCAUGCAGGCCAUCGCCAAGGACGGCAUCGUGCCCGCCCUCCGGAUCUUCGGCCAUGCAAAGGCCAACGGAGAACCCACGUGGUCCCUCUUGCUGACAGCUUGUAUCUGCGAGAUCGGCAUCCUCAUAGCCUCCCUGGAUUUGGUAGCUCCCAUCCUCUCCAUGUUCUUCCUGAUGUGCUACAUGUUUGUGAACUUGGCCUGUGCUCUGCAGACGCUACUGAGGACUCCAAACUGGAGACCCCGCUUCAAGUUCUACCACUGGGCUCUGUCCUUCCUGGGGAUGAGCUUGUGUCUCACCCUCAUGUUCCUCUGCUCCUGGUAUUACGCCAUCGUCGCCAUGGUAAUUGCCGGCUCUAUCUACAAGUAUAUCGAGUUCGCAGGUGCGGAGAAGGAGUGGGGAGACGGGAUACGAGGCCUGUCUCUGAGCGCCGCCCGCUACGCUCUCAUGCGGCUGGAAGAAGGCCCGCCGCACACCAAGAACUGGAGGCCCCAGCUGCUGACGCUGGUUAGUACAGACGCAGAGCAGAACGUGGAACAGCCUCGUCUGCUCUCCCUGACCAACCAGCUGAAGGCGGGCAAAGGUCUGACCAUCGUGGGAACGGCUCUGGUGGGAACAUUCCUGGAGAACUACGAACAGUCUCAGCGUGCAGAGCAGGCGCUGCGUAAACUGAUGGAGACUGAGAAGGUGAAGGGCUUCUGUCAGGUGACCGUGUCCUCCAACCUGCGCGACGCCACGUCCCACCUCAUCCAGGCCAGUGGGCUGGGAGGCCUGAAACACAACGCCGUGCUGGUGUCCUGGCCACGCAACUGGAGGCAGGGAGACGAGCACCAGACCUGGAGGAACUUUGUCGAGUUGGUCAGAGAGACCACCGCCGCUGACUUGGCUCUGCUCGUCCCGAAGAACGUCGCCGCCUUCCCGUCCAACGGAGAGCGCUUCACCGAGGGCCACAUCGACGUGUGGUGGAUCGUCCACGACGGAGGCAUGCUGAUGCUGCUGCCCUUCCUCCUCCGCCAGCACAAGGUUUGGAGGAAGUGCAAGAUGCGCAUCUUCACCGUGGCCCAGUUGGACGACAACAGCAUCCAGAUGAAGAAGGACCUGACCACAUUCCUCUAUCACCUCCGUAUCGACGCCAUGGUGGAAGUUGUAGAAAUGCAUGACAGUGACAUCUCAGCCUACACCUACGAGAAGACCCUGGUGAUGGAGCAGCGGUCGCAGAUGCUCAAACAGAUCAAGAUGACCAGGACUGAGCGUGAAAGAGAGAUCCAGAGCAUCACCGAUUCGUCCCGCGGGUCGAUCCGUCGCAAGAACCCGGCCGCUGUGACCACGCAGCUGAGCGUGACCGAGGAACCGCCGGCAGCCAGCAAGGACGAGAAGCCCGAGGAAGAGUCAAAGUCGGCCUCUCCCCCUGUUUGCCCCCCUGACCAGGUCCAGCUCAUCCACGACAACACCACCCCGGCCAGCCCGGCCACCCCGGCCACCCCGCUGACCCCCGCCGAGGGCGUCCAGAGCCCCGGGGCGCAGGUCCAGAUGACCUGGACGGAGAAGUGCGACGGCGAACCGGCCAAGCCGCCGGGCGCUGCCACACCGGAGGGCAUCAAGGACCUCUUCAACAUGAAGCCCGAGUGGGAGAACCUGAACCAGUCCAAUGUGCGACGUAUGCACACAGCUCUCCGGCUGAAUGAAGUCAUCAUCAAAAAGUCCUCGGAGGCCAAGCUGGUCCUCCUCAACAUGCCCGGGCCCCCGAAGAACCGGACAGGUGAUGAGAACUACAUGGAGUUCCUCGAGGUCCUCACGGACGGUCUCAACCGCGUCCUCCUGGUCCGCGGAGGCGGCCGCGAGGUCAUCACUAUCUACUCCUGAGAGAGCAGCUCCCCCCCAAAACCCCACCACCCCCCCCACCCCCCGACACCCCCACCUCAAUCCCCUCCUCCCCCGCCAACAGCACCCUCCCACACCGCCACCACCACCACCCUCAGCCACCUUUACCCGCCCCCACACUCAAUCGUCCACACUGCUUGUUUUACGUCGCUCGCAGCGUUCUGUCCCUCUCGCGUCUCCAACCUAUCGCUCAGCUUCAGCACCGCUCCGUCAGCUCCAUCCCCAGCAGACCGAUGAGCAUGAGUCCACCCGCUCGGCCGCUACGCCCUCCGCUCCGGGGAGGCUACUUUCAACCGCCGGCCGCGUAGAUUUGUCCACGAAAGAUCCAUUUGUCCCAUCGCUCGUCUUUCAUCUGCUGCGGUAACUGGCCUCGGGUUCGGAGUCGCUCGGUAAGGUGGAGGUGGUGGUGGUGGUGUUGGUGGUGGUGGAGUUGGAGGUGAGGUGAUCUCGUUGUUUGAAUCUCAGCCGAUUCUUAUCGAUGUUGUUGUUCCUGUUGUUUCUUUUUUGUUUUCUUUUCAAAUACGAGUGUGGCCUAGCAGCGGUUUCUGCCAGCUGCAGUGAGCUCGGGUGUGGGAUCGUGUGCGUGAGUGUGUGUGCGUGUGCGUGCGUGUGUGAGUGUGUGAGUGUGUGUGUGUGUGUGUGUGGUUCUCUGAUCGGACACCUCCCACGGCGCUGCGGCCUGUUGCCUUUUCGAUGUGAUUCAUCCUUCAAGGGAGAAAGAGACUUUGCUUCCCAGCAGCUGGGAGGAGAGUAGUCGCUGAGCACGAACUGUGAGAUUCACAUCGGGAAUCGAGACUUAGGCGAGUGGAUCAGAGCCGCAGCGUCACCUCCGACCCGAUCGCACCUCAGCGCGCCGCCCUUAUAACUGUGUGCGUCUCCACCCGUCGAGUCUUUCUACCCGCCCUCCUUUAGAUUUCCUUUUCUUAGUGGCUGUUCAUCCCCGUGGCCACUGUUAGUGCCAAAAAAAAGAGCAUAUAUAUAUAUAUUUAUAUAUAUAUUUAUAUAUAUAUAUACAUAUAUACAACAAGGCUAGCUUAGUUUGUAGAGAUUGACACGUAAUUAAAACUGUGAAUAGUGCGUUUCCUACCAGAAGGCUGGCGUAACAGCGGAGUGGGGAGACGGUACAAACGCCCCGAGGAGGAGAUGAUCAUCGCCAGCACCCCUCGUGUGGAUCACUGUAAAUAAUGUACAAGCUCUGACGCGUUGUUCAGUAUGAGUGUAGUAUUUUUGUGACAUACUAAAAAGCUUCUAGUGGAGAGAAAACGCCCCCCCACCCCCCCACAGCCGAGAGGGGCGGCUCGAAAACGCUGUUUUAAAAAUAUAUGUAUCUAUUUAUUUAUUUAUUUAUCGGAUGGCAUAGGCUCCUGUCACUAUGGUAACUGUCAUUGUAACCUCGACAACACUGCACCUGCACUGUCCGCCACUGUGCAACAAGUGACAUUUUAACGAAUUCAUUCUAUUUAAGAAAAAAAAAGAGGAAACACUAAAUGUUAUUUUUUCAUCUAGAGAGCAAAUAUGUAUUUAUGUUUUAUGGGCUAGAGUUUACACACAAUGAUGAAAUAGUUGUGUAUGUCAUUUUGAUUGUCACUUAAAAGAUUUAUUGUUUUUUUUUUGCCUGAUUUAGAUUACAUUAAAUGUGCCAUAUCAAAGUAUUUUUCAAAGAGAAGUAGUGAACAAAGAUUCUAUUGAUUUGAACUAGAGAGAACAAAGUGUGGAAAGGACCAACGGAGGCGUCCACGUGGCACUCGGGACAGAAACGACACUGUGGUUGUUGUAGUGCCAAAGUCGCCCCGGUAGGUGGCGCUCGGAGCAUAUCAGCUUUGAGGGAGGUGAGAUUUUGAACUGAUCUCCCGAUUGAUCGAUCGAUCGAUCGAUUGAUGGUUUAUGGGGUCGUGUCUAAAUAAGCAGAGGAGACGAUGGCUUCUGUAGCGAGGAAACCCACGUUGUCCAUAAGACUGAACUCUAUGCAGUAGACUCUCCGCUGAGAUUUUAUAUCCUCUAGAUUGGCAAAGAUUUGAGCCACACAUGACCUUGGCUGAAUGACUUGUGAACAAAAUCGCAUUAAGGUUCAAAAAAGUGCAUCUUGGAAGGAAUGUGCAAUAGUUGAAAUCCGGACUCAUGUGAUCAUCAUGUUAUUUAUUUUUUUACACAUAUAUUUUGUAUAUGUAGAUUUCGUAAGUCUAACAAAAUCCAGAUUCAUCUCACUUUGACCAAGGACAGCUGUCACUUUACUUUAUUUCAGUUUCUUUUCUUGAAGAAACCGUUUUUGGUCAUUUGCACUUGUAUUAGAAAUAUGAAUAUAAAAUAUAAAUAAAUACGUAUAUAUAAACAGUAUAUACAAACAGUAUAUACAAUAUAGGGAAGCAAAACAAAUUAGUUUCUAGAAGUAUUUACAAACCGUAUUAAAUGUUUUUAGUGUUGCCUGAAUGUCGGACCAUAUGUUGUGAAUGCUGCUAGUAUCAAUAGAUUUAUUUGUACUGUAAAUAGGGAUGACUAAAGCAACAUUAAAGAUCAAGUGAAAAAGGGUAUAGACAUACAUAUCAGUGGUACCUGUAAACGUUUGGCCGGAGAUCUCUGAACAGGGUUAGCUUUCUGUUUUAUUAGAAAACUAUUCUGAAUACCUUGAUGCAAUAUUACAACUGAGGGUAAACCCUCCACCUUUUUAUUCUCUUUAAAAAAAAGAAAUGUUCUAUUUAUUAUUACCAUCUUUAAUCCCAUAAGUAAAGUGAACCAAUUAUAUUGUAAGAUAUUUAAUUUAAUUUAAUUAAAAAAGCUUACAGGAAUCACCAAAAAUGUUGAAAUUAUGAAUAUUUAUCUGCUAAACGUUACUAACUUUUAACGCACCUACCUUUGACACCUGUGAACCUUUGGAAGCAGCCACUCGUAGUUUGCAAAGAUUCUAGGGUGCCAUGAUUUUCUUUAGUAAGCUCGCCACACGUCUGGCGAGGGGGUCGUUUAACGCUCACAUACGUUUUUGGAGGCGCGGCUAUUUUUGGGAUGGUCUGCGCAACGUUGCCUGCAUCAGCUGAGCCGUUUAAAUGGAUUCAAAAGAAAAGAUUUCUGAUGUUUAUUGGAGAAAUUUAUUGGAAAUUGAUUUAUUUAUGGAAUUCUAAAUGUUUUAUGAUUGCUGUUUGCAUGGUACUACGUGGCAAUAUUUGUUUUAGUGGUUUCUAUAGUGAUGACUUAGAUGUUUAAGGGCCAGAGGGGGGUAAAAGGUCGUCAAAUGUUCAACAGACCUUAAGCACUCUGGAGCGUUUGCGACACGGCUAGACCUGGAAAACACGUCUUUUACAAAAAAGUUAAAAAAUAAAGUAUGAGUUCACUAUAUUGUUACUUGUUAUAUUUCAAUCUUGCUCAAAUAGUCUUAAUAGUUUUUUGAGUUUGCGAAUGGAUGGGCCUCAGAACUGGCCAUUUCAACUUUUGUAAAUAUAUAUCACUUAAGUCAGAGACACUGUAACCGACUAGUGUUGUCUUUUGUUGUACACUGUUCUAUCACUGUGGACGAAGUCUAAGAGUUUUGUAAGAUUAUGUGCAAUAUCGUUCUCACAUGGAUCAUUUUCUCAUUCUUGUCACAGUUAUUUAUUUUCUUUCGACAACUGGAGGUGUCACUUGUUUCAUCCGAAUGUCUGUCACCGGAUCUUACAGACAAUAAAGGUCUGCAGUGUUCAUCCCAAAUGUGGCUGAGACAGCAAAGCACUUUACACCGAGGAUGGGAGGGGGAGGGAGGGAGGGAGGGAGGGGGGGAGUGUUCUCCACCCAUCCCGCAGUGACCCCUGGUGGCACACGAGUGUGUUACAGUCACCUGUUGGCGGUCUGACAGCUCAGACUUUAAAAAAAAAAAAAACAUAAAAUAGGAUUAACUCCCAUCAUCUUGCAGCGGUUUUGCAGAAAACUUCCUGCUGAUCAUGUUUACAUUUUAGCGUCCGAAAGCAUUUGCUUGGGCAUUUUAGCAUGCAUCACAUUCUUUCCUUUCUCUUGCCAAAAAAAAAAAAGAAAAGAAGAAUAUUAACCGUUGAAUUUAUAGUGCUUGUCACUCAAUCUGUGAGGUGAGCCUUCCCAGAAUCCCUCCUCCACCCCCCUCCCUCACCCCAUCUGCCCCACCCCUGGCCUCCCCCAUCCCAGCCGAUAAAUCCACCCCAGCUCUGUAUUUUAAAUGUGAUUGCAGUAUAAUUCUGAAGAAGAAAAAAAAAAAAAGAAAAUGAUCAAAGAAUAUAAAACUCGCGCUUCCAAUUCUGCCACUGGCUCUGCUUGCAUGACACAAGACAGUCGACUGAGAAACCAGCACGCCCCCCCCGCGCCCACUCCCCCCGUCUCCCUCCAACUGAUCCACGACUAAAAUCAGAUCCUUCGCCUGCACAACUGUAGCAUGAGACAAACUUGCCGGUGAUCAUUACCCAGUCUCCAUCCUUAAAUGGAUAUCAAGGGCUCUGAAACACAUCUGUUACCGGGUUGAGGAGGCUGUCAAGAUACCAACAGAGGCGCACGUCAUGGGCCGAGAGGACGCAAACACACAGUCUGCAGCUGAGAUAAGACCGCACCCUUCAGUACACACAUAUAUAUAUAUAUAUAUAUAUAUAUAUCGUCCCCUCCUGAUGUCGGCGAAAGAGCUGCACUUCCAUUUCAGACAGUCGACCUCUCUGGGAGUCUAAGAGAAGAACUCGGGUGGCCGUCGGGUGGUGCAAGCAGAGCCAGGUCCCAGACACGUUGUGUAACUCAGUGCAUGCAUGAACAAGGUGUAUUGAAAAUAUAUUGGGUGUUUGUGGUAUAAAAGUAUUUUUGUUUCAAUCAGUUAGGACAUUUUUUCUUUCUUAGUUGUAUGAUUUUUUUUUCUUCUCUUUCCUUAGGACUGGCCAAUCAUUGUAUUCAAGAUGAAUAUUAUUAUUAUUAUAGUAUAAGAUUCUAUUUUUUAUGGUAGAUUUGUUGACCAUGUCUUCUCGUUGUGUCAAAUAUUACCUGCAGAUAAACUGAUUACCAAAGUAUUUAUUUCAGUUAACUACAUUCAUGAUGGCGUGCAAACGUGUGCUCCGGUGAAUUAAUAAAUAUAUAUAUUUUCUUUCCAUUUCUAGUUAACAGAUUGAGUAAGACUGUGAAAGUGCCAAAGCAGUCAAGGAGAUUCCUGCAGAAAUACACAAUUUGGUGUCGGUUAUGUUAAAAGGGAGCCAUUACCUAUUUUCUUUUUUAUUAAUAACUGGUUAUAUUUAAUGCAUUUUGAAGUUUAUUAGUUACGAUUUUGGGGAAUGCACUUAUUGGCUCAGUAAUUAACACUUCUACCUGGUUUAUUUGUAUAAAAAACAAAGUGCUACUAGAAUUGUUGAUGUUAACAUCUGUCCAAAACGUCACAUGACUUAAUUUAUUCUUAUUAGACAUUUGUGUGAAAUUGUCAUUAUCACAAUACAAAUUCUUGAGUUAGUCACUAUCACCUUUGUCCCCCGAAUUCUAAUGAGUUCAAGUAGGCGUUUGUUCCUAAUUUGAUUAAAAUCGUUCAAAGCGAUUUAUGGUUGACUUAAGUGUUAAUUAUUGAGCUUAAAAUGUGCUGGUAGCAGAUUAUAUUUUCUUUGGGCAAAACCAGGCUAGCUGUUUGCAUUCAUUUCCAGUCUUUGUGCUAAGCUAACUUAGCCAGCGGCAGGUUCAUAUUUAACUUUAUCGAUCUCGUUGAACUCUGGAGAAUGAACGUAUGCUUUAAAGAAAUUACAUUUUUAUUUGAGUGCUUGCAGCACUGUCCAAGUAUGAUUUUAAUUCACUGGAGUUAUGGGAAACAUUUUUGUAUGGAUGCCUGACAAUGUAAUGGAUGUAGAUAUAGAAGAUAUAUAUAUAUAUAUAUAUAUAUACACACAAAGACACACCUGUAUCAAACUUAAUAUGAAAAUGCUUUUUUUCAUUCCAAAAUGUUCAUUACUCUUCCUUGAUACUGUACCUAGUCUUUUGGUAAAGCCGUGGUGUGUUCCUUUAAGUUUUGUGGGAGUGUGUGUGUAUACAUGUGCACUUGUAACUGCUGGGGGCAGGGGUGGGAGGGGGCAACAUGUAAAUAAAUCAAAUACAGUUAGUGUGGAGGUGUUUUUUUUGUGUCAGUGUAAGUUAAAUAUUAUACAAUUUAAAAAAAAGACUAAAGUAUUAUUCUCUAUUGUGUUUCAUGAUACAUUUGGAAAAAAAGAAGUAGUUUUAUCUUACAUUACAAAUGCUUAUAUCUAUGGCUUCUGGCGAUACCCGUUCCAUUUUAUAGAUUUGUCAGCACAAAAUGCAAUAAACCAAUACCAUUUUAUUACA